CGAUCAGCUGUCCAAUAUAGAUCCUGCGUCGGCACCGUCGAGUCAGCAGGUCGGUGCUAACCACCAUCAAUUCUACAAUUUCGAAGGUAGCAGUGGCCUGGGACUUUCUUCAGGAGCUGGAGUGCUUCUGUCACCGCCAUCUGAGAUGAUCAUGCCUCCCCACGCACACCCAUCACCGACGGGCGCCCCUGCGGGUAGCCUAGGCCAUGCCAACCACGGCGGCGUCCAACCGUCGCCUCCUGCGAACCGACCAUGUGCGGCCUGCGGAGGUGCAAUCCAAGACAGAUAUUUUCUUCAUGCAAUGGAUAGAUACUGGCAUCAUUCGUGUUUGAAAUGCUCAUUGUGCGCUACGCCUCUUGCCGACAUCGGAACAUCCUGCUUCUUCAAGAACGACAUGAUACUGUGCCGGACCGAUUACGUCAGGAUGUUCGGGUCGCCUGGAAUGUGUGCAGCGUGUAAUCAGAUGAUUCCUGCGAAUGAUUACGUCAUGCGUGCCCCGUCUAUGCGAGGCGGUCAAGUUUAUCACCCAACGUGUUUUUCGUGCGUCAAGUGCCAGAAUCAACUCAAGCCCGGCGACAGGUACAACCUGGUGAACGGGUCGUUGUUCUGCGAGCAAGAUUCUCUGAAGAUGCUCAAGACUUCGACAGGUACCGGACGCGGCCGGGGCCGUAAAGCCCAAAACAAUGUUCCUGGCGGCCAGGCCAUCAAAGUGUGA